GUUGUUGUAGUCUGCACGAGAGAUCUGAGCUGGACGAUCAGAGCGAGCAGUGCAGCAGCAGCAGACUGUAGGAUGUUGCGUCUGAGCUGCCGAUUAGGCUGAUCAGAGCCGGAGCUACGAUGCAGUGACAGACUACACAGGAGAACACACACACUCACACACACCGACUGAGGAAGAGGGAGUAAUAAGAGACGAAUGCGCACGAGAAAUGAUCCGCUCCUAGACCAUGGCACCGUCGGGCUCGGGUAGUAUCAAGAAGGGCUGUCAGAGAGUUCUGUACUGGAUCCCGGUCCUAUUCAUCGCCCUCAUAGUGGCGUGGUCAUACUACGCCUAUGUGUUGCAGCUUUGCAUAGAGUCGAUCGAGGGCAUAGCAGAAAAGGUGAUAUACCUGCUGGUGUACCAUGUCAUCUUCAUCAUGUUUGUGUGGGCGUACUGGCAAACCAUCUUCACCAGGCCCAUGAACCCCCUGAAGGAGUUUCACCUGUCAUACGCUGACAAGGAGCUGCUGGAGCGUGAAGAUCGGGGGGAGUCUCAGCAGGAGAUCCUGAGGAGGAUAGCCAAGGAUCUGCCCAUCUGCACCCGCACCAACUCUGGAGCGAUCCGUUUCUGUGACCGCUGCCAGCUGCUGAAGCCUGAUCGAUGCCACCACUGUUCAGUCUGUGAUAAAUGCAUCCUGAAGAUGGAUCACCACUGCCCAUGGGUGAACAACUGUGUGGGGUUCGCCAACUACAAGUUCUUCAUGCUGUUCUUGGCAUAUUCGCUCCUCUACUGCCUUUUUAUAACCGCCACAGAUCUUCAGUACUUCAUCAAGUUCUGGCUGAACGGCCUCCCAGACACUCAAGCUAAGUUCCACAUCCUGUUCCUCUUCUUCUCGGCCUCCACGUUCUCCGUCAGCCUGGCUUCUCUUCUGACCUACCACUGCUGGCUCGUCUGCAAGAACAGAUCCACUCUGGAGGCAGUACGUUCUCCGGUGUUUCGCCACGGCACCGAUAAGAACGGCUUCAGUCUGGGCUUCAGUAAGAACUUCCGCCAGGUCUUUGGGGAUGAAGUGAAGUACUGGCCAAUUCCUAUUUUCUCCGGUUUAGGCGAUGGUUGCUCGUUCCCGGCCUGUCUGGUGAAUCUGGACGUGGAGCAGGCUGUCUCACCCACGGGCUCCACCCCCGUCAACAAGAGUGCAGCAGACGGACGCCAGUUCCCCUCCAAGCCGCUGAGAGAGUCUCAGAGUCGGCUGCUCACCAGCACCCCCUCCUGGACAGAGAGUGACAUCGCAACAGACAAAGACAGGAAGGGUGCCAGUAACCAGGCGAUGACCAUAGAGCAUGAGGCGUAACCUGUGGUGGAGAAACAAGAGACGUCUUCAACCCAGAAGAGGUGUACGGCACCCUCCUCAGUGUUUGUGACUAUCAGAACUUGACAUGGUGAUGACAUCAUCAAGAAUUGUUGUUUCCCAUAAUUCACCUUGCUUCUGAGAGGUUUACGCAAAGCUUAUCAUCGGUAUUACUCUUUUUGCUAUCACCAACAGUUUUUGCUGCUAUCCUGAAAGUAUUGGGGCUUCUGAACGGGAAUUGAAAUACAAAUUGCAUUACAACAAUCACGUUUGUACAUGAUAAGCACAGAGCAGCUAUGGAGGGGUGUUAUUUUAACACUUUGUACACUAGGAGAUCAUUCUGAGCUGCUAUUGUGAUACUGUUAGAGAAAAAUAAGGAUUGUUUAUGUCAUUCUCGUAGCUUAGCACACAAAUAAAUGCUGUUAUAAGUUUGCCAAAUGUUUGCACAUUGAGUAUAGACUAGUAGUGGUGUUAAUGUGAUGUAAGUGAUGUUUCUUCAGCCAUUUAUUUACUUCUGGAGGGGGGGGAUUGAUGCAUGCUCUCAUCUCAGGAUGUCAACUCAAUCACACCCAUUUGUAGUGAAAGAUGUUACCCCCUUUGCUUGGAUUGAACAAAAUAAAAGAAAGUGUAGAGGUUAGUAAUUCCAUUUGAAUAAGGGCUCUUCUUACUGGUUAUAGCAUGAGUGAGGAUGUUGCUGUCACACUGCAGGUGCCGUGACAGUGUUUUCCCCUGCCAAGUAUCCAAACUGCUGUCUGGUACCCCGGUACACGUCAAACUGCCGGACAGAAGCCCCCCGCCGUCUCUGGAGGCGAGCAAAGCUUCGGUGUAAUGCUGCGGCUCUGUUCCUCAUCAAAAAGCAGAAACUGUCCUGUGUUUUUCUAACUCGCAAUGGGAAUUUGUGGAUGUACCGCAGAGCAAAAAAAAAAAAGGCCCAGCUGCUUUGUACAGGAUAUUUUCACUUUGUGAGUCUCUUCUUAUCUUUGGCUGUAAAUGGCUGUUAUACUAUUGGUAGAAUGUAUGCUUGUUUAAAAAAAGCUUCAUUACGACAGUCAGUGUCAAUCUAUAUUUUUCUAUUCUUCUCUCUCUAUGACUCCAGAGAAAAUAUUUGUGAGGCGAUGUACUGUACAGUUGUGAUUCCUUAUAACAAUAAAAAUGAUCUCGUCUCCAGCCUCCCGAUUCAGCUCUUU